UUUUUCCUUUGCCUUUGGAGGGACAUCAGUGCAAAGUGGAGAAUUAACCGUCCCAAACCCCGCAAAAUCACUCGAGACAACACAGAAAAACGAAGGUAAGUGAACUGUAUUUAUAUGACUGUCAUUAAGGGGAUUUCGGGGAUGAAAUGUUACGAUUUGCGGUACUUAUGACCUGUGCUACUGCCAGCACUUACGGACGACUUCAUCAAGCCGCCGAGCAAAGUGUUAAAAGAAUGUACGAGAAUAUGAACUAGCAUAAAAUGGGUUAAGCCUAGCACAACAGAGUGAAUCAGUCUCGGCCUUAAAAAUUUCGAACUUUCCAUAAAAACUGCGAAAAAUUGCAUAUCACUCAUAUUCUCCAUGUUUACAAUGGCAAACUAUCUAUCCAAGUACGCAUGCGACAUCAUUUGACCUCUGUGUUGACGUCUUUCAGAGCUGUGCCGACUGUAUUAAGAUGUAUUAUGGGAUAUUUGUCUUGUUAACCUGUGAUUAGGUAGUCCCACCAAAGUCUCUCGGCACUAGCGUGGAAUUCUUGCUUUCACGUUCCAAAAUAUUUAGGGCAGCUACUCAGAGUCACAUUCUUCUUUACCGAAGUAUGUCAUAGCGGCAAGAGAAGUUUGGCUCUAACGUAAGUACCGUAUAAAAACAACAUUAGAUAGAGCAGGCUGAUUGAUAUCCUCUCCCCAAGAGAAAAAUGAGAAGCAAUUACAGUGUAUGUCAUUUUUGCGACUAUUCAAGCGACACUGUAUUGUAAAAAAAAGCAUGGUAUAACACUACUGUUACCUUAGGAAUGAGUGGCAUAUUUGUGCCACAAGCGCAACGCAACACGGCUUGCUAAGCAAAACGGAUGCAUGACCCACGAGCCGCUGAUCGGUUGCCAACCAACCAAUAUUGGCUCCAUAUCUGUGGUGUAGUCGCCCCUGUCCCGUCGUAUUUGACUAGGACUCCAGGGCUGAAGUUGUGUUCAAUUUUAUCGGAGUUAAAAGAACGAAAUAACUUAACCGAUGUGUUAACUGUCGCCGACUUGAAAUGACAGUCAAAGUUUAAUCACGUGUAUUCUAUUUUUUUAUUCCUCGUCUCUCAACUUAAGAAUCUAAAAUAGUUGUUCAGAACCUACUAUGGCCGCUUUUGCGAACGAAACAUCGAGUAUGUUCUUAAAUUUAUAAAUUUAUGUGUAGUGAUACGAAAUUAACACGUUGUGUCCGAUAGAUUUUGCAUAACAUACUUCGCAUUACGAAAUCAUUCGUGACUUCGGUGCAGUCAGUUACAGGUAAUCACAUGAUUUCGAGUAAAGUUUGGGAUAAAUUGGCACGAAUUUACUUGAGAAAUGAAGAUGAAAGACCAAAAAUAAAUUUUAUGUACCGCACGGGAGCAUUAAUUAAGCCCGUUUAUAAAGAAAAUAAUUGCUUUAUAAUGUCACUUAGUUCGGAUGACGCGUAACUUGAGCUAAAUUAUGAUCCCGCCUUAUCCACUAUCCCUCCUUUGAAACGGAGCAUAUCAGGCCCAGCCUCGCCUUUCUAUUUUCAUCCUGCACCCCGCCUUUUAAGUUCCUCACAUCCCACAUCCCAUUUUGAGCCUCAUCCCGCUAAACCUAUGUCCUCAUGACAGGCAGAUAUAUUCCAAUUUUUGACCUAAAUACCUUAAGAUCUUUACUUUCCCUCGGUGAAAUGUCAUAAUGUGGCUAUUAAUUAAGAUAUUUCACCAAUGCGAAGUAAAGAUCUUAAGGUAUUUUGGCCAAAAAUUGGAAUUUAUUUUCUUGUAUCACUUUUUUAAAAGGUCAGCCUGGUCAGGCAUUUGAUAAGGUAAAUCAUAUAAUACUACCUGAUGAAUUAAACUUUUAUGGUUGUCGGAUAUUGAUGGAUGAUUAUUUUCUUUCUUAUUUCACAAAUCCAACCCAAAAAUAUUUCAAGUUGGAUCGCAUAUAUCAAGUUAACUUAUUUCUCUCUCCUCCAACUCUUAAUUUACAUAUUAAGUGACUUUCCCGCCCUUCCGUUAAAUGACUUAGAUUUUGUAUUUUGGUAACUACAUACUUAAUGCUGAUUUGAAUCUCAGGUCAAUUGAACAGACGGCUAGCGUAGAGUUUAUAUGACUGGUUGACUACAAGUCAAUUGAUUUUACAUCUGCUUUGAGCAAAUUUAUAGGGUAUUCAUAUUUGACCGAUUUUCGUCAAAUUUCGCCUAAACAUUUUAGGGAUAAUGACAAACGAAAGCGUGUCGGGAAAUUUUGAUACUUGAAAUGUUUGUUCCGUAGCGUCCAUUUACGCAAAACGCGUCGCAUAUUUUUAGUCACUCCAACUUUUAAUGCUGAUAUCUAGACAACCAAUCAGAAUAUCGGUACAGUCUGACACACUUCUGUUGAUUGAUGCCUUGUGAUUAAGACUGUGCAGCCAUUUUGCUCGCGCUGCGGUAUUCAAUACCCGAUAAAUUCUACAGAUGAACCUUCGGUCGUUUCACGCCUUACCGGCUCCUGGCACUUCCUUAAAGGAAAACUCGCUUAAAUUAUAUUUUUAUCAUAGACUGCAGUUAUUAAGCUUUCUUUUGAAAUAUUUUUUUGAAAUAUAGUUUGCUAGAAUUAGGAGUAACCUUAAACAGAAUCGCAGUUCUCCAAAAACUAAAUAUGACGAAUGUAACAGGAAGCGUUGCGGUACAGAAUAAUCACGUUCAAAAUUAGAUUCCAUGUUGUCGUAAGUUUGUUUAGAAAUUGAUCAAAGAUGACGACAAAAAGUAUGGUAUGAACCACAGACGCCUUGAUUCCCACACAGAAUUACGGGUUGGAUUUCCUAAGCUAGUAAAUGUAGCAUUUUCGUUUCCUUAUAAAUUGAAAAGAAGACAUAGAUCGUAGAACGAAACGUGUAAUGUUGAAUUGUCCAAUUUAAAGUCAGAUUUAAGCGAAAGUACACAGUUCAAGGUUACUGAACCAGCGUGGACGGAGCUUCUCUCUGACACGAGCGGGAAAUCCUGUGAAACAUUUUCUGUUUCUUACCGCUCUUAUAAAAAUGCCCUAUGGUACACAACUUAUUUCUUUAGAAUUUGUUUUUCGAUUUCUUAAUUUCCAGUAUUUAAUUUCUUUAGGUUCUUCAUCUAUGUAAUAAUAAUAAUAUAUAGAUUUAGCCAAGCCUAAAAGCGGAGCUCGCACUUUUUUUCCCGCACGUCUCAAGUGCACAACACCUUGCCUCGGCCAGGACUAGAACCCGGGUCGUCCGACUCGGAGCCCAGUACACUGAUCAUUGGACUACUGAACAAAGCCUUGGCGUUGGCGUGCCCGCGGUACAGUUGACUACGCAUGUUAAAAGUAGCACCUUAUACGGAUGCCCGAAUGGUCAUAAGUCCAAAUUUUUUCGGCUUGAUGGCUUACGACUACCAUUUUCUAUAAUUAUGGGGCUACGCUCUGCGAGCUCCGCUAUUAAUUAUGUAGAUCUUUGGCAGUUGAUUGACAACCCCGUUCAGCAAAUCUGCUGACGGACUAUUUUACGCUUUAAAUUUUGUAAUGAAGUAAAUAAAGUGUGAAGUGUGAUUAUCGUUGAGAAAGCAGAGGUUUCGAGUGUUAGCCCUUCGUUAGAGCGACGGACUAACGCUUAAAACAUCAGCUUUAGAAACAUUUGUUUACUGUAUCAACUCAGUUGAUAAAACCAGAUUUACUAAGAGCAGCUGCAGCCAAAGUAUUACUUCACAAGAGGAUAAACAAAACUCGAUUGCACUGAAUUACAUUAAAUUGUUCCUUGCGAUAAACACUUUUUCCUAUUACUUCCACAGCCAUUGAAAGUUUGAUGGGGUCCCCAUUUUCCAUGAAGUACAUUUAUUGGGUCAUCGCAGCAAUCAUUUUUAGCCUCACAUUAGUAUCAGUAUAUAUAUUCAGUCCACCAGUGAGCAGGUACGUUUGUUAAAGGAAUCCUCAAUUUUAUGGGAGAAACUCUGACUUCACUUACACCAAAGUACUAAAGUCCAUUUUGAAAUAUUUUGUUAUUUUGCCUCUGUGUGCAAUUAAAAUGGUAUGGUAUGAUUUAGAAAAUGUUGCUUUUCUUAGCGUAAAUCAAAGUAUUUGCAUGUGGUUUCAAAGCAUAAUUGUUGAACCAAACAACAUUUCAAGAUUUACAUUUGUGUAUAAGUACCACUCUGUAAGAGUACUUCAUAGGAAAAAAAUCUAAAUCCCUAAUUUUCAAGAGCUAUGAUAAUUUCGCAAAGCCUUUAUUUGGAAUACAAUUAGCUAUUCCUUCUACAUUUUCAUCGUCAAUCGCUCUGAUCAGUGCACGAAUCGUAGUUCUCGACUGUUGAAACCCAAAAGUUGGGAGAAAACGUAACUUCUAUGUUGCAGCACAAAAUAUUCCUGGCAACGUAUAGUUAAUAUUUUUAGUCUAGCAACAUUCACGUUAAGUUGACAUUGUUAUUAUAGUAUUUUUAUCAGUUAAACCCUUAUUUAACCACGCUGUGUUUUCCGCCAUACACAAUCUAAGAACUUAAUGAAACUGUAACCUUUUUCUCUCUUUAGAUUUGAAUUACAUCCUCCGAAAGAAAAAACAAACAACGAGGCGGCUGAAAAGUGUGCCUGUGAGAACAAAACAAAGGAGAGAGAGGAUUCUUGGGCAAAUGCCACUACAACAGAAUCAACCUGGCUGAGACAAAACUUUGCAAAGGAGUUACAUGAAAUCCACUUACAACUGAAAAAACUACUUUUUUAUAAACGUAUGCCCUCGCCAGAACUUGUUGAGAAAGUUGGAGAACUUGCAAAACGGCUUGACGGAAAAGCAGAACCGGCAAACCCGAAUAGUGGCAUUAACAACACAAGUUUGGAUGUGUGUCCAGAGGAAUUCAAAGGAGGAAAUUUUGGUUACCCUUACUUUUCCAAAGGUUGGGUCCUCGCCGAUUGUACCGAAGCCAAACCACUUAGCUCCGUGAUUAGUGUUGUAAUAAAUACUGUCACAUAUCCCCAAGAAGAUGAAAAACACAUCGACAAUGUAUUCAAAGGUAUCAAUGAUACCUAUCCUUCUGUCCACGUUUACGUAGCAACGCAGAGUGAUGAUAUCGUGGAAACUGCCAAAAGGUUUAAAAACAUUGAUGCGGUUAAGGUCAAUGAUACAAAAGUAGCAAAGGUAUGGAACACACUCAAAACUAAAGCUUCAACUCCUUACAUGCUGAUUGCACGUGAUGUGGUUCACUUCUCAUGGCUCACUCAAGUAGAGAGACAAAUUCGAGUGAUCAGUCAGAUACCAAAUGUAAAAGUUGCAGGGGGAGCGUAUCGGAAUAUUUCAGGUCAAUGGAAAGCAGGAUGUGAACAAACCAAGCUACUUAACUAUGUACUAGAAUAUCAAGAAGGUUAUUAUCACUCACAAAAUUCGUGUAUGUUUUGUGAUUAUCUGCAGGGUCCUUUUGUAACUAAAACAGAAUUGUUUCAACUUGACGAAAGUCUUCCAAAUGAAGUAGUUUUUGAAGACUGGUUCUUACGCAUAGGUAAAGAUGGCAACCAGGCAAUGGCAUGCCCAGAUGCAAUGUAUUUUACUUCAGAUCACACUUCGCUUUCCAAGAACACUAAAAAAGAUGUCUGGACACCUUUGGCAAAAAAGUGGACCCUUAAUCGAAUAUUGUUACCCCAGGGGGUCAAAUAUUCAUUCUCUUGUAAGGAUAUUGAAGUGACAUGCCAGGCCACUAGCGAAUUACUCCCAAUUUGUUGUCUGGAAGAGUACGCAAAGGUAAUGGCACUCCUCCAGAAGUUAAGUAAUGAGCACAAAAUUUUAUUUGAACUUGAUCAUGGCUCUUUGUUGGGUGGAAUUAAGUUCAAUGGUCUUCUUCCUUAUGAUAUCGAUGGAGAUAUUAUAUUGGUGACCAAACAAAUUGACAUAUUCAGCAAAGACGAGAUAAAGGAACUUUUUCGGAGCAAUGGUUUCUCCAUUUACGGAUACCAAUCACCACAUUUGGACAAGGGAAAGUUGAUUCAUGGCUUCACCUACAUAGGUUUCAAUGGAUUUAAAAUAGAAGUGUGGGGAAUGCAGAAUCUUACGAAUUUUCUACAUGCCCCUUUGGAGCUACGAAACCUUGCAUCGUUUACGAAAGCAAAUCUUAGAGGCAACUGGGUUAAUACAGCAUGUAGUCCUGGUUUGUUUGCGAGAAAUCGAUAUGGGAGAGAAAUACUUAAACAUUCCCAGUCUUGGAGAAAACAAGGACUCAAAGAUAGUUGGCAGGAUUACAACGCUGGUAGCUUCAAGCCGUGUAGAAAACCAAAGCAUCACUCUUGCGUGGAGAAUAUGCCUGCUGAUGGGAACAUCCCUUUCCUCGUAGACUAG